AUGACCCUUGAUUUCCAGGUAGAAAGUUGGAUCCAGAAAAUAGAUCCCUCAUCAAACCCUACAGCACGAAUGGAAGAGGCUGCCAAGCAGGAGCCUUUUCUCAAGCGUCGACGUCUCAAUACUCUCAGAUCAGACGCGUCGCGGAGUGAAAAGAGCAUGGACUAUCAAAGAAGUCUCAGGUCCUCAAAACGCGCUCCAAGUGACGAUUAUGAAACACCGCGUCCGGCAAGGCGAACCAGAACACCAAGAAGCGAAUCUGGUAACUCGUUGCCCUUUACCCAGUCAGGCGCCUCACAACAAUCCGAGCUAUCUUCACCUACCAAGCAACUACGCGCCCUCCAACUUCACAGCAAAGGUGUCGUCGCCAAGCAACUAAGUGCCUUUCACGAUAAACCUGCUGCAUUAGAAGUUCUCCUCGACAAAAUCGAUCUGGUGUCUUCAGGAAUUGGGAUCUUGCCAGCAUCUCACGUCGCACUGUUCAGCCAUCUCGACAGGGACACUUACAGUGAUUUCAAAUGGACGCAACAUCCAGUUCUCAGCAAGUUCCUCUUUUCGAACGAACGCGAUGAGAUUGGCCAUACACCUUCCCCCGAGACUGUCCAGUGGAUUCUUCACGAGGCAGCUUUUUGCGACAGCAAAGGCUGCUCCAAAACAGACUGGAACACCGAAGUCCACCAUCGCGUCCUCUCAGCCGCGUUGAGACCGCAGCAGGGUCCACGAAGAGAUCAACUUCUCGACUUUCGACUUAGUAAAAGCGCUUCCAUAAUCAACGAGUAUCAUGUCACGUCAGCAUCUACGACAGUUGACUUUUGCAUGUAUAUCGACCCCAAACAAGACAAAAGGACCAAGGCUGUCGAGACUAUCGAGACUAUCAGGGAAAUCCUUCCGAUGGGCAUGUUCAACCACGCAAACUUUAGCCCGCUCUCGGAUAACCCCAUCGCUGUUAGUAUCGAGACCAAAGGGACUGGCGAAGGCUGGGAGAACGCCAAGCUCCAAAUGGAAGUUUGGAUGUCGGCUCAUUGGCAGUUUCUUCGACAGCUCCUUGAAAUGCGACAGGAUGCAUCAACGAAGCUGUCUGUACUGAGAUCAAGAGCUGGUGAAAUGAGUUUCUGCUCGGAUAAGAUAUGGGAUCUGCCAGAAUUUAUACCGGGUAUUAUCAUACAAGGUCAUGAUUGGCAUCUGGUUAUCACGACUGCAGAAGGAGAGAAGACAAUGUUUUGGCAGAAGAAGGCACUUGGAGAUACGUCGAGUUCCAAGGGAAUUUAUCAGAUUAUCUACAACUUGCAGCUAUUACGGCAGUGGGCUCAAGAGGAAUACUGGAAGUGGUUCAAGGAUCUCUUGCUCGAGUGGCCACGGUCCAACGGAGAAUUGGUCUUUUAA